AUGUUCCUCUCAGCCUGUCUUCUAAUUUCGUUCGUGGCUCAAUCAGUCGGAUUGGUAGUCGGAGCGGCCAUGAAUGUCCAAAACGGUGUCUUUUUGGCUCCAGUGAUGUCAGUACCCUUCCUUCUAUUCUCAGGAUUUUUCGUCAGUUUUGACGCGAUUCCUGUCUACCUAAGGUGGAUCACCUACCUCAGUUAUAUUCGAUACGGUUUCGAGGGAACAGCCCUGGCCACCUAUGCCGGCCGAUCGAAACUAAAGUGCUACCAGGUCUACUGCCAUUUCAAGCACCCAAAAGUGACUCUAGAGACUCUAGACAUGGUGAAUUCAGACUUUAUGCUUGAUAUUCUCGCCCUGCUCUUGAUUUUCGUAAUCCUGCGAAUUUCCGCCUACCUCUUCCUUCGCUGGAAACUCAAAAGUGCUCGAUAA